AAACCCGACGCGGGGGUGCGCGCAGACACCACGCCGGCCGGCGAAGCGAAAAACCCUGGCGCUCGGCUGCUCUCCUCUCUCUCCAUCGACCUUCGCUCGGAGCUCGGCUCGGCUCGGCUCGGCUCGCCUCUUCUCUCGCGGUCGCUCUCCGGAGGGGAACGCUCCCCCGCCGCCGCCGGACUCGGUGAAAGACUUUUGAGAUAGAAAUGAGUAGCCGAUUUUCUCGCACAAUCUACGUUGGCAACCUGCCAUCUGAUAUAAGGGAAUGGGAAGUCGAAGAUCUGUUUUACAAGUAUGGAAGGAUAUUGGAUAUCGAGCUGAAGAUUCCGCCUCGUCCGCCAAGUUAUUGUUUUGUGGAGUUUGAGAGCUCUCGAGAUGCUGAAGAUGCAAUUAGGGGUCGUGAUGGAUACAAUUUUGAUGGCUGUCGUCUACGGGUUGAACUUGCUCAUGGUGGUAGAGGACAAUCAUCUUCAAGUGAUCGUCGUGGUAGCUAUGGUGGUGGUGGUGGUGGUGGUGGUGGAGGUGGGGGUGGAGGUGGAUGGUGGGGGCGCUUUGGUAACUCACGCCAUUCGGAAUACCGAGUUAUUGUUCGAGGACUUCCUUCUUCUGCAUCAUGGCAAGAUUUGAAGGAUCAUAUGCGAAAAGCUGGUGAUGUUUGCUUUGCGGAUGUUGCGCGUGAUAGUGAAGGGACUUAUGGCAUUGUUGAUUACACCAACUAUGACGAUAUGAAGUAUGCUGUUCGGAAACUUGAUGACACUGAAUUCAAAAACCCCUGGGCGAGAUCUUAUAUACGGGUGAAAAAAUAUGAAAACAGUCCUUCUAGGUCUCGCAGCAGAAGCCGCAGUAGAAGCAGAAGCGACAGAAGGGAACGGAGUAAAUCACUGGGUCGAUCUGCAUCAAAAUCGCCAUCUAGAUCCAGAUCAGCAUCUCCAGUCAAGUCUUCCAGACCAAGGUCCAGAUCAAGGUCGGCAUCUCCCCGUCAGGUGAGGUCAGGUAGUGGCUGAAUUCUUGUAGCAGAAAUUCCAGUGCUUAUGGCUGUAAUGAAAAAAGUGAGUGAGUUAGGGAACUUUGGGAUUCAUCUGUAAGGAUUAUGAUGCGUUAAUCAAAGAACCUUAGGUACUCGAGUAUGCCUUAUACUGUUUUGUGACGUCCUGAAGUGUUGGAUUUUUCAAUGUGUCGUCUGAAUAUUAUGUAGCUCGCUAUCAAGAUCUUUGGAGAUGCUGUGUAACUGUUUGAAAUGAUGAUGAUGGCUUGGCUCAAAUCAAGUUCAAGGGAAA